CAGCUCAGCUGCAGUCCUCGAACUAGGAAUUAGCUGGGAUGCUGCGGCCGAAGGAGAAGGAGCGUGUCCUUUCGGCUUUGCUGUGCUCUAUCUCAAGCAUGCCAGGGACCGCGACCCCUUGCUUUAACGAGUGCCACGCAAACCUAGGCGCGUCUCCGACCCGGCGGAACCACAGAGGCUGGUCCUAUUCCCAUCCGGACUCGCACCGCUGAGUGCUGGGCUCGCCGGAAUGCUUCCCGGGGCAACGGAAGCCGCUCAGGGGGGAGGUCGCUGUUUGGAGCCGUUGUGGGCGUCUGUGAUCGGGGCCUAACGGCUGGAUCAACGGCGAAUCCGGCGUUCCGUGCCACCCCGUCGCGAUUGCCUGGGCCUUGUGGGACCCGUAAGUCUCUGGACACACAAGUCCCUCCUGGCUGGUGCUGCGGAGCCGUCUUCCUUCCCCGGAGCUGCAGAAUAGUGAACAGCACCAACGAGUUGCUUGUCCUUACCGGUGUUGAUAAAACAAAUAUGUUUCCUCUUAUACAACGAUGCUGCUUCCACGCUCCUUUCAAACUCCAGAAGGUAACUCCCAGACUUCUACUGUAUGGAAAGAAUGAAACAACCUGGUCUUCUCUAGGCCUCCAGCUGCAGAGGGGUGUGUGUCCUCUGUCAAGAUCUCCAAGCCACAACCCAGUGUCAGUGUAUGCAAUCAAGCUCCAGGCAUUUCACACCUCUCUCCCCUUCCUCAAGAAAAAAACUCGCAAAGAAUCUGAGACCAAAGACUCGGGCGUCUUGCAACGAAGUAUGACAUCACUGAAGGAUUCUCCCAAGCCAGCCCUUUACUUAAGCCUUGCAGGGCUAGUCCCAUUUGUUUCUGUGCCACUGGUAAUGGCCAUCCAAGGGACCUACUACCCAGAGUUGGUGUUUGGUCAGGUUAUGUAUGGUGCUGUAACAGUUUCUUUCCUAGGAGGAAUGAGGUGGGGGUUUGCUCUCCCAGAAAACAGCCCAGCCAAGCCAGACUGGAUGAACCUGGCUAACAGUACAAUUCCUCCUCUAUUUGCCUGGCAAGCCUUGCUUUAUAAAGAUAUCACUAGUGGUGCAAUAAUGCUGGUACUGGCCUUAGGGAUAGCAAUACAUUAUGAUGUGUCCCUUCUUCCUGCUUAUCCUACGUGGUUUAAAGUACUGAGGGUAGUGGGAACAGUGGUGAUGACGCUGUCACUGUUAGCUACUCUGUUAUUGAAGAUGUUUUUAGAGAAGCAGCCAAAUAACAGCAGAAAUGAAUUGCAGAUCACCAAAUAAUAAAUCAAUAGGAAAAAGCUAUUUAUCUGCCAGUGAGGUGUUUGCACUGAAUUUCAGAGGAAAUAAAAAUGUAUUUGCUUAGAAGUCAUAAGAUGGCAGUGAUCAAGAUGGUACUUCUUGAAACAAACACUAGUGGGUUUAGGAGGGAGGGAUUACCAACAGCAAUGACCUCCAAGGCAGGCUUGAUUCUGUCUUUAUCUGUAGAACAAAGCAUCACUUUUGAAUUAAUUACACAUUCUAAAAAGGAGAUGUGAAUUACUUUGUCUUACAAAUUUAAAGUGGUGUUUCUAAUGACAUUGGUAUGCAUUGCUCUAUGCCGAGCAAUUGAGGUAUCUGUUUUAACCAAAAUGUGCGAUAAUGUUCUGCACUGGAAAAAGCAGCUGUGUAGUCAGGAACAGUAACAAGGUGAGAGUAGUCCUUCUAGUGUAUUGUUUAAAGAAGCAGCAGACAGUUAAGCAAAAGUGGAUAGAUGUGCAAUUCUUAUGCUGUGGAACAAAUCUCUGUCCCUUUUCAGCAGAGAAGAUGGUGAAAAUGCUAUGUGAUUAAGUGCUAGUCAGGUGAAAAAGGAAAGGUAAGGUUUCUUUGCAAUGGCAAGGCAAGGUCAGCACUCAUGUGAAGUAUGUCAUCCAGCUGCUCUGAUGGAGGGGAAAACUGGAAAGGGAAACUGCAUCUUUGGCAAGGCACUAUAAGAGACAGAAGUUUAGCUUCCUACUCAGCCUUAAAUAAAAAAAAGGGUAUCUGGGCCAUCUGUUCACAGGUUUUGUUUGGACUUGAACCUGACUUUCCAAGGAAGCUGCAUGCAGCAUAGCCAUAAAGAUCUGUCAUACUCCUGAAGCACUACCAACUGAUGAUAGGACAAAUGGACCAAUAUAUGAUAAGGACUCAAUUGCUGGUGCUAAGAUCUUGCAUAAUGGGAUCGAAAGUAAUUUGUGUUGUCUCCCUCCUGAGAUUCAUUUUUCUGAACACCUAGGGCACGUAUAAAUUGAUGUGUUACCUGCAAACCCUCUAUGAUGGGCCAGUUCCUGAAAACAUUGCAGAAGUAUUUGCUUUUUAUACUUAAGUCUUCUGAACACAUCAUUUAGGGGAAGAAGAUACAACCUGAGUCACGAGGAUUUUCUUUUCUAGUUUCACCUCAAGAAACCUAUGAAAUUAUGUGUGGGAGUAUUUACUGUAGGCUUUUUAUGUUAAUAUGGUAAGUACAGUAUAAGAUGCAAGAAGAAAUCUGAGAAGGGAUCUCCACACACAGCCUUAGGAUAAAUUCAGAUAAUCCUCAUGCUCUCUUAAAGUACUGUUCUUCACUGUUGUUCUGUACAGAGUAAAGCACAUACUGACACAUUUAUCUCUUCCUUCUGCAAAGAACAGACAUUUAAGAAACCUGGCUACCCUGAAGAUAGAGCUAUCUUUUUACAUGGUACUGCUGAAUACCAAACUACAUUAUGUGAGCCUCUGACUUCUGUAACUCAUCAACCUUUAUGUGGUAACUGCAUCAUACCUGUGAAUCAGUGAUGUAUUUCAGUGCUUUCUGAAUAUAAAGGAAAUAAAAUUGACUUUGUGAGUAAAAA